CCUCAGAAAUCAGUUUCUGAUUUCGAGAAACCACCUAUUACUACUUAUUUUCUCACCGGGGACCUUAAAAUCGCCAGCAACGGAGUGAAUAUUGCGAAUGUCGCCGCUUCCAGGCACCACUGACUUGUUGCGCACUUGUUAUUUCCCUAUAGGCUUCCCUCCGCGAGCGCGUGCGUCGCUUUGAAAUGUUCUCUUUUCGUCUCGUCCUCUGAUUUCUCUUUAAUCGCGAUUUAGAGGGGUUCGCUUCUUUAGAGUUUGGCUCCAAAGGACCGGCAUGUCAAAGUCGCGGUAUGAAAAGCUACUUUAAGCCGGUCGAAACUCUCUGGCAGGUGAGGGAGACGGACGGACGGGAAUUCCUGACAGCGUUUCUCCAGCGCGCGCUUGAACGCACGCGGCUUUGAUGCAGGAAUAAUUGAAGGAUUUGAACAUGAUCUCAGCGCAGCACCUGAGAAGCUGCCGGGCACCUGGGCUGUGUGUUCAAAUACUUUACAGCGUUCUCAUUCUGUGGACCAAAGAAAUGGACGGACUGUCAGAUUUCUCAAAUUAUCUGUUUAGGAUCAUCAACAGUCAGUCGGCUCAAGCCUGUGAUGGAGAUCUCCUGCUCCUCAGGUGUCCACGACACUCCACCAUAACUAUCCAGUCUGCAUUUUACGGACAGAGCACAACCCUUCCCGGGAUCAUGCCAGGAAUGAGAUGCCAAUGGCGUAAUCACAGCUGUUCCGCUACCACAGCACUGCAGAAAGUGCUGUCUGAAUGCCAGGGUCAUAGAAAUUGCCAACUUCUGGUUAAUCAUCAAGUCUUUGGCAGAGAUCCUUGUCCUGGAACUCCUAAAUACCUCCAUGUAUCAUACAGGUGUAAACCUAAGCACAAGAAGAAAAUAACAUGUGAAGGAGAGCGACUUCUGCUGCACUGCAAGUAUCCAAAAGUGCUGAAUAUCUACUCUGCUGUUUACGGAAGGCAGCUGGAAGAGGAAGAUUUGUGCCCAUCAGAGAAACAAGAACCUCCACCAUUUGAAUGUCUUUUUCACGGAGCCGUUGAUGUGGUAUCCAACAUCUGCUAUGGAAAACAGAGGUGUUUGUUUACUGUAGAUGAAGAACAUUUCAAAAACCCCUGCCCUCCUGGAACAAAAAAGUAUAUCACUGUCCUCUAUGCAUGCGUUCCGCAAAAUUUACUGAAGGAGGCUGAUCCCAGCAGUUUCCAAACUACCUCAGUUCCCAACCAGAGCACCAAAAAAGGGGAACACCCAGUUAUCAGAAGUUCAAAGUUUCCAGAGAACAAGAUUAUUGUCAGCAAUUCUUUAAUGGCAUAUGGCUACAUAACAGAGCAUCCAGAGAUGGCAGGACUGCUCUUCACAUCAAGUGUUUGUGUGGGACUUCUGAUUGUUCUAAUAGCCGUUUCAACACACCUAUCCUGCAACAGACAUCUAAAUACAACUAGAACUUUCAGGAGGAAGAAUACAAUAACUAAUUUGCAAGAGGAGAAGCCAAUGAACCAGGAUAAUGAUGAAGAGGAGGAAAAUGAUGAGAAAGGGGCACUAUUGGACAGCACUAACCUGUCAGAGAUUGGCAGGAAAGUGUAUUGCUGGGAAGAUGUGACGUACACCACAGAAGCAGCAGAGAUGAUGGAGAGGAUCGAGCGCAGGGAGCUUGUCAUUCAGGAGAUCAGGAUGAACUCAUACCUCAAUGGAAAUACAUGCGUUCUGCAUUCAUACAUGCCAACUAUUACACAGAAUGUGCAGUAGCUGUAGUUUCAGCCAAAAGAAGUGGGCAUUUUGAAUAUUUUCUAUUACCAAAACACUAAAAUAAAGGUGAAGUGUCUUUUCAGAACACUCCCCUCACUAACUCGCACUAUUGGUUCAGCUAAUUUUACUGUUGUCUGGGACGUUACACAGCAUUUUGAUAACAUCACAGAUUUACUGUGGAAUCAGCCUACAAGAAUUUAAAAAAAGCUAUGAAAGAUGCAUUUUACCAUUCAAAAUUACGCACUUCACCUUUAAAGACACGGUCGGGUUAGAAAAUCACUUGGCACAAUGAUAUAAUGGCACAAAACAAGAAACACUUGAUGCGUUUUGCUGUCUCAGUGAGGGUGAACAUUAUUAUUCUGUUCUAAAAUGAUUGUAUUCGUUUUUUGUAUUCAGUUUUUGAUAAAUUAUUGCUCUGUUAAACACUUGAUAAAUUAUAUA